GCAGCCUCGCCAACCAUCCUGAUCAAACAAGCUCCAGCUUCGUCGCCGCAACAAGCAGGUAAGCAGUCGCAAUGUCUGUCAUUCUGUGUACCGCCGGUUACGACCACACAAUCAGGUUCUGGGAGGCGCUGUCGGGGAUAUGCUCGCGGACGAUCCAGCACCCCGACUCUCAAGUGAACCGCCUCUGCAUCUCCCCCGACAAGCGGUUCCUUGCCGCGGCCGGCCACCACACCGUCAAGCUCUACGACAUCAAGUCGACGAAUCCCAACCCUCUGCUCACGUUUGAGGGACACACGGGCAACGUCACUGGAGUGGCGUUCCACUGCGAGGGCAAGUGGAUGGUGACGAGCUCCGAGGACGGCACAGUCAAGAUUUGGGAGACGCGGACGGGUUCGAUCCAGAGGAGCUACAACCACGGCUCCCCGGCCAACGACGUGGUCAUCCACCCGAAUCAGGGCGAAAUCAUCAGCUGCGACAGAGCGGGCAGCGUGAGGAUCUGGGACCUGGCCGAGAACACGUGCGCGCACGAGCUCAUUCCCGAGGAAGACGUGUCGGUAUCAAGCGUGACGGUUGCCAGUGACGGAACGCUGCUGUGCGCCGCCAACACGGCGGGCAAUGUGUUUGUGUGGCAACUCCGCCAAAACUAUGACCAGACGGAGCUGCUCCCGGUGACGCAGUUCAGCGCCCACAAAGAGUACAUCACCCGCAUUCUCCUCUCCCCCGACGUCAAGAAGCUGGCAACGUGCAGCGCCGACCACACGGCCAAGAUCUGGGACAUCAGGGACGUCAAGCCGGCGUCGAACCCUGAUGAGAAGCGGCCACUUCCCCUCGAGGCCACGCUCACGGGACACCAGCGGUGGGUUUGGGAUUGUGCCUUCAGCGCCGACUCGGCGUAUCUAGUGACGGCAUGCUCAGAUCACUAUGCGCGGCUAUGGGAACUGCACAGUCAGCAGAUUAUACGCCAGUACAACGGCCACCACAGAGGAGCCGUAUGCGUAGCGCUCAAUGACUAUUCGGAGACGCGUUAGAAAUCCUUUAAGGAAUACUUUUUUGGUCGCGAAUAAUGCAUGAAGACGGCACGACGGAAAGGGGCUUUGAACCUAGAGAACCACGGUUUUGGUUGGCGCGGCGUUGGGCAGUUGCUAUUUGGUAAUUCUUUGCUUUCUUGUUACUACUCAUACUUUUGGUGAUAUGGCGGCAGCAGCUGAGGUAGGAUUCCAGAAAUGGUCAGCCUUGGCUACAAAGUAUAGGCUUUGGAUGAGCGAUUCUGUGCCAGGAAAAGGCUCCAGCCGAAGCAGCGCUCAGCGCUGAACAUCUCGUCGCAAGAUGUCGCCAUAUGUGGUUGCCUCAGCUGCUUCAUAAGAUCAAGAUUGAC